AGCCUGUGGACAAUCCACUGAGCCACACCAGCCAGGGCUAAAAUAUAUGAUUUUUGAAAAAUCUUCAACAACAGUUAUCUGUCUAGGAGAACCUCCCCAAACUGCAGGCAGUAUCACUCACCUAGGGUACUUAACUCUUCUUCAUGACCUUUGAACCCAAUCAUCAUGGGAAGGUGAUCUACCUACACUCACUUCACUUUUCAGGAGUGUAAGAAUAUACAAACCAGAUAGGUAUGUCUGUGCUGAUGUAACUCUAUGUGUGUAACUGUAAAUGAAUUCUAAAGAUCAUUUGGUCAGAAUUACAGAGGAAAAAAAUUGAGAUGCAGAGAAAUCAAGCAAUUUUCUCAAGAUAACAUAGUAACAGCCUGUAUUAAAAUUCAGUUCCAUUAACUCUUAGUGCAGUGUUUUCUCCAGUGUAACUCACUGACUCAUUCAGUCUGUUUCCUGCUCUGCUCUCGAAAUCACUUUCCUUAGUAGAAAUCUCUUUAUGUUAGUGUGUAAAUCUAUGUGCCUGUGCCAGUGAGCAUGCUUGUGAAUGUCUACGUGCCUAUCUGCAAGUAUUUAUAAAGCAUAUCACUGGGCGUUUAUGCCCUUUCUCCUAGGGAAAGCUCUAGGUAAUUACAGUUUCUUGUGUUGGCACCAGCAAUGGUCAGGGAAGACCUUCUGAGUCAAUCGUUAACAAGCAAACUUGGUCCUCUAUCCAGUCAGCUCUAUUCCUGGGUCUUCAGGAAAUGAGGCAAAAUAAUUAGGGUGGAACCAGACUCUCCCAGGGUCAAACUCGGUUCCAGGGCAGAGAAAACACCUGGAGACAAAGCUGUAAGGGACUGUCUCUUCAAGGAGCACAUGCUCAAGCUAACAUGGAUACCAUCUUGGUUUUCAGCCUGAUUAUUACAUCCUAUGAUGCCAACAAGAAAGAACCCAGAGGUAGCAGUUGCCAAGUAGAAGAGCUCCCUGGGCUCUUUCCAAAGGAUGUGAGAAGCAACAGGGGUAUGCUAAUGCCAGAAGCUCAGGCAGAAGCCAACAGAUCCACCUUCAUUCAAAAUCUGACUGUGGCUACCCUGCAGUGCCUUAGCUCUGGGAGGAAAGUGAGACUCAACCUUGUGCAUUCAGAGGAAAGGCCAAAGGUCAAGCACACUCUAAAGAACCUGAGAGUCAUCGCUGCUCCUCACAGGAACAGCUCUGCCUUCCCCAGCUGUCACCUAACCCUCACAUCCAAGUCUCAGACUGGAUCCCUUCUAACGGGCAAAGCUUUUUUACCAGGGACCUCCAAAUGUAAGGUCUAUCCAGCGAUGAGGGCUUCGUCAGAGAUCUUUCCCACUGCUACCACCUCCAUAACUCCAGGGAACAAAGGAGAGAAAACUACAAACACAGACAAGGACCUAGAGAAGAGGUGGAAAUGGAGCAUUGUGGUCAAAUUUCUGAUUGCUGUCACUCUGUUGCUCAGUGCAUUUGCCAUUACAGUGUUUGUCAUUUUUGAAGUCCCAUGUCCUAGUCAAUGCCUGAGAGCCAGAGAGCUAUGCCAAUGCCCGCGCUUGCGGAGAAAGCAGAGGGAGGAAGGCCAACAACCUGAGGCAGCUGAAUCCCAGCCUGCCUCUCAGCCGGAGAAGGAAAGUGCUCUCUGUGUUGGACAAAAUGCUCCCAACUCAAGCUCAAAGAAAGCUGCAGGGAUCACUGUUAUCCACCAGACAUACUUCUGAAAAGUUCUGCUUUGCCUCAUACUCUACAUUCUCCUCAUUAUUAAUCAAGAUAGGCAGAUUCUUGCCAAUUCUACACUCGUAUCUUCAGCAAGAACAUUACAAUAAAAAAGUAAUGCCAGGCCAACGAAGGGGGAGCCUGGGCUUAGCAGUCACAAGCCUCUGGGAUUUACUCUGGACCUCCACAAAAAUGGGUGUCUUCUCAUCCCAUCAAAUGGAAACAGGAAGUCUCCCCUCUAAGCACUGUGAAUGGGCCUAUUGCUCCCUUUGACAAAAGGUUUAAACACAGCCUCCAACGAACAGGGCAAAGCAGCCACAAGUGUGGCACGGAUCACCAGCUGCUCUGUUAUCUUCCCUGCUGACUCCGUGCUCACUGGCUCUCAGCUUGGCUUAGGGGGGUUUUCGGUUUUCUCAAGGCUGACAGUCAGUCAUAAGGUUUUAUGAUUUAGCCUCUGCUAAAUCACAAGUAACUAGCAACACACUGGUGAAGGGAAUGUGAAUUUAAGCAGUCUGAAUGGCCUCCUCAGAAAUCUCUAAAGGCUUAGACACUGCAUACUAAUAGGACCCAGAUGAGGUCUCCUGAUGACCCGGAGCUCCUGAAGUGGGUCUGACACUGUACCCUACCAUAACAGUGGGCUGCAUGCACUUUGAAGAGGAUGCCAGAGCAAAAGGAUUAUGACGAUCUUUCUCAUGGAGGCACAGGUGCAAGUAAAGUCUGAGCUGCUUAAGUAAGAGCUUGACCAAAAAAAAAUAAUAAUAAAAGUAUAAAGAGCUGAUGUUAAAGCAGGAUUUAGGUUAAAGAGAGAGAGAGAGAGAGAGAAUGGUAGGAGGGACAAAAUUGUUGUUCUGCCUCUUUUCAUAAGGAGCUAAAACCAUUCCAUUUUGUUCGGGUGAGAUGUGCCUGUUUCUAAGUAAUUGUUUUCUUAGUUCUCUGGUAAAAACCAUAUACAACUUGUACCCUUCUUUCAUUCACUUCAAGUAUUUCCAAAAAAUAAAAAUAGUGGUUCUCAAAGCUGUACCAACAAAGCAAUAUAUCUUGCCAUAAGCCCUGAAUUAACAUUCAAGCCAAGCCUGGAAGAGAUGGAACAGAUUCAAAGCAUGGAUGAUAGUAGUUUUCACGGAAGCCCUAGAAAUCCUCUAGGCAUCCUAAAGUUCUAUAGAGCCUGGGAAACAUAGCAGGUAAAAAUGACAAAGCACUGGCCUUGCACUUGGAUAAAUGAGUAUAUUAUAUGGACCCUUCCACUGAUUCACAUGACCUCCAGCUUAGCCUGCCACCUGUGGUUCAUUCUGGCUAUGAAGUA